GUGAUUCAGCCCCAGAUACAAUCCAGUCUAAAGGGAAACAUAUGCCAGUAGAGAGAAGUUUAUCAGAAGAACAAUUUGACCAGGUUAAGUUUACCGCUCCCAGGAGAAAAGAGACUGAACCAUAUCCUGACCUGGGAUCGUGUGAUGAUUGGAGCAUAUCUGGAGAUGAACCAGAGUCACCGGGUCUUUUGGAAAGAGUGGAGGAGGAGUUACAGCAUAGGAGCUUGACAGUGAAAAGACACUCAUAUUUUGAGUGGAGUAAGAGGAAAAGUGGACUGUUCAGCCCACCACCUGUCUCUGCAACAACAUCACUUCCUCCCAUGAGUUCUUUAGACUCUAAUCUGGAGGACAAGGACCUUACGCUUCGACCCAGUGCUACUUUAUGCCCUGAAACUGUAUUAAGUCCAGCGUUGUUGAGGUGUUCAGGCAGUCAGGAUGUGCGGCACUGGUGCAGUGACCCUUAUGUUCCUGAUGGUAAUGACACACAGGACAAACAGAGGACUCUUACAAGGACUUUGAGCAGAGACACGGCUCUUUCUCCAGAGUGGAGCACCAUGAGGAAGAAAACAGAGGACUCUAGAGCAGAUUCUCACGGACUUCCUCCCACUCCCCAAGUCUAUAUGGGGGCCUGUUUUACUAAAGUCUUUAAUGGAUGUCCCCUGAAAAUUCAUUGUGCAGAGACAUGGAUUUUGCCCAAAACAAGAGAUCAAUAUUUAAUUCUGGGUGCAGAGGAGGGUGUUUAUAUCCUUAACUUAAAUGAACUGCAUGAAGACACUUUAGAAAAGUUGCUUCCACAGAGAUGUACUUGGCUUUACGUCAUGAACAAUGUCUUAAUGUCCAUCUCUGGUAAGUCGUCUCAUCUCUACUCUCAUAGACUGACAGCUCUGUUUGAACAGCGAGGGCAUUUACAGAGGAAACAGGGUCACAUGUCCCUCGGCACCAACCGCUUCACGGAACGGAUCAUCCACAGGAAGUUUGCCGUGUCAGUGAAGAUUGCUGACACUAAGGGCAGUCGGAAGUGCAGUGUGGCUCGUAACCCUUACACAGACAGCACGUUCUUGUGUGCUGCAGUUCCCUCUGGUCUUGUGCUACUGUUGUGGUAUGAACCGCUGCAGAAGUUCAUGCAUCUCAAGCACAUUGCCGUGCCCCUGCCGGACCCAUUGCCCAUCUUUGAGCUGCUGGUGUUAAUGACAGAUGAGCUUCCUCAGCUCUGUGUGGGUGUCCAGGAAAGCCUCCAACAGCAAAACGAACGACAGCUAAAGUUUGACAUCAUCCAUCUGAAUGGCACGACAAACCCUCAGCAAGACUGUGAGACAAUAAGAGCUGUACAAGUGACACAGCUGGACAGAGACACAGUGUUAAUUGCACUGGAAAAAACAGUGAAGAUUGUCAAUAUGCAGGGUGUCCCCAGCAAGGAGUUAGCAUCUGAACUGGAGUUUGACUUCCCUAUCGAAACUUUAGUUUGUUUAGAAGAAAGUGUUUUAGCUUUCUGGAGACAUGGGCUUAAAGGACUUAGUCUUCACAACUGUGAGAUAACACAGGAAAUCUCAGACAAAAGCCGUCAGUUUAAAGUUUUAGGCACGCACAGAGACAUUGUUUUGCAAAGCACCCCAACUGAAAACCCUUCAGCCACUAGCAAUUUAUAUAUUUUAACAGGUCACGAGAGCAGCUACUGAGGAAAGCCAGUGGACAGAAACUGUAAAUAACAUGCAUGACAACAUGAUGGGGGUUUGAGAGCCAGAAUGCAUGACAACUCUUAAUACAGAGGCUUUCAGAGCUGUGCAUCUGCCCUAUGUGUCUGUGCGAACACGGUCCUUCAGUCGAUCUCACUGGUACACAUUGUGAGGGUACAGAAAGGAAAACCCAAAGCCUUGGCUCUUUUAUUUGUCCCCCUAAAGGUGUUUUUGUCAUUGUUGUCUAUGAAUUCUUGUAUGAAAUAAUCUGGAUUAAACAAUUGUAUUUAAAUUAAAAAGAUCAUGUGAUAAUUUUGUGAUGGAAAGAUUGUGAUAACUACUAAUAAACUGAU